AUGGGUGGUUUAGACAAGAUCGCCAGCAGAGUAUCUGGGGAUGAGAAAUAUGCCAGCGAAUACGACUUUGCCAUGCCCAUCUAUGAACUCAUUGGUGCUUCCCAUGACGGCCAUUUCAGGUUUGUUUCCGAUGUCUUCAGGGGUUUCUUCUUUGUGAAUACCCUAGUGCAGGAUCUUGCCACGAUCAGUAUAAACGGAACCGCGACUCCUAAACUUACCACUUAUCUAUCUGGCACUAGCUCAAAUGGGACGCUGGCUGGAAGCCAACUCCCACCCGCGAUUGUUCAAAUCAAUGGAAAGGACGCUGUAGAUGUUUUGAUGAAACAGCAGCUUCGUUUUUCAGACUUCCAAAGUCUUGAUGCUUUGUGGAAUGCCGGAAUGCCCUCUUACGCCGGUCCUCAUCAUCGCACUUUGCUUACAAACUCGAUGGAUUACCAGGGACAAAACCUAACCUUGACCUAUGUAAAUGGUCAGGAAGUCACGGUAGAGCCCGUUGCCAUUGUUCGAAUGGGAGCAAACUUCACUGAUGUGCGAACUGGCGAAGGCUUUUACACACUUUUCUGUGAUCCGGACGCUUCGAUAGAUGUUGAACCACCAGCAACAACCGAAGUGCCGCCACAAUUUCCAACUUCGACCAGGACCGAUACCGCCGCAAGCGAUGUGUCCAGUACAAAUACCCUGCCGCCUCUCUCCCCAACAAUUAGCAACUAUCCUUGGCCAGCUGUUAGAGACAAUGGUUCCAACAUAACCUCCGGCUACUGUCUGAACGGGACGGGAUACGACGAUAUAGUUGUGCUUGCCCUUUCGGAAUUCUCCCCGCCUGAUAUGGAUCCUAUGGCAUACUUGGUGGAUUUUCAAGCUACCAUCGCCAACCUCCUUGCGAAGUCCCGAGAGCAGACCUUCAGUGCCAACAACAUACGCGAAACCCUGUCCGUCGUCCAAAUAUCGAACGUCUCGAGUGCCGACGCAGUGGAAAUCAAAAACUUGGACGCCAACACGUUCGACGAAAUCAACCCUAAUGAGCCCGCCCGCUUCAAAGCCCUGAGCAGCCUCCACGAAAACAGCAUGGUUGAACAGCUCAUCCCCGGUCAUCUUUUCUCCCCUAUAACCGGCCUCAACCUCACCACUUCCGAUGCCCUUCUCGGCCAGUAA